GCCACUCUAAAAACACAGAUAUUUUCCAUCAUUAUUUUAUGCUUGAACAUUGCAUGAAACAGUUGAAUGUACGAAUGUAUGAAUAAUAUUUGCUACAUUUAUUCGUGUCGAUUAAAUUUUAUACCACCUUAUUUUAAACAAAAUUCAAUUUUUAUAAACAUGACGUUUAUUGCCGACGUUUCUCGACGUACAUCGACGAUUUUAAAGCAACCAGAUAAUUCUAUAUGUCAGGAUGAGAAUUUUGUAUAUCUGCAAUCACGUAAAGUGCGUCCUAUGGUAUACUCUAAAUCUUACAAGAAACCAACCUUGAAAAUUGAGUCAGAGACCACAUAUGGUUUGUCAUAUAUGAAAUACGAUUGUAUUUCUAAACCAAAAUUUCAUUACGGGCUACACGAAAAGAUAGUGCCUAGUAAAACUGGAAAGUUCGACUUCGACACGGUGAAUAAACUUUCGUACCAAGCUGCAACUGGAAAAUUGUGCAGAGCUUUCGUUCCAAUAUCAUGUUUAUCUAUCAGUGGUUCUCACGACAUGACGUCUACUUUCAAGCAAUCUUACGUAGAUCCUGGAUACGUGAAAACAAUUUCUUAUAAACCGUACCAAGGAAAAGCUCAGCAUCCAAUAUCAGUGGAUUAUAACACAGUAGCGAAGGAAUCUUAUCAAGAUUUUGGUAUUCCUAUAGUUAGAAGACCACGAAAGAGAGAAUUCUGGCAAACUAAAUUCAAAACAGACUAUCACACUACGAAUCAAUUGUCGUAUCAAUACGUAAAGCCAUCUUCGAAAAGGGUUCGUGUAUGCUAUCGACCAGUGAUAUCUGCUCAAAUCGAGAAAGACACUGUUUAUAGUACGAGUUAUCAAGUUUCUGGUCGUUGCGUAGCUAAAGAUGAUAUAGUUUGUGAAUGACAUUAUAUGCGUGUAAUAUAUCUAAUAAUUUUGUAGAAAAUCAUUCGUUAAUUAUUAAAGUAAUAAUAAUAUUUACCCUGCAUCCGCUUGCAUAAAGAUGGGCAUGUUCUCUGCAUUGGCUGAAGAGCCAAGUACGCAAACAACUUCUCCGUAAUCUUGCAUAAUGUGCAACAUCUCCCUUGUAACAGUAGUGUUGCAAUCAGUAAACAGAGAUACCAAAAGGGGAACAUUAUCUAUUAAUUCUAUAUGCGGUCUAAUUUUAUCGAUGCCUCGAGGUAGUUUUGCCUGAAGAAUAUGUAAAGUAUAAAAAUACAUCCAGGGUAAGAUUUUAUCACAGAAACUUACCCUGUUUGAUAAAUCAAAAUUUACGGGAGCGCUCUGCUCCGUGCUGUCUGUAAGACAACUCAAAGAGCGCCAUGCUUCUUGUCCGGAACCUAAAUCUACGCUUUGUACGAGUACACUGUCUUCGCUUCGCACUGUAUCCUGUUCCCUAUUGAGAAUCGAUUACUUGCUAAAUAUUUUAUAUAUUUAUUUUUGUUAUAAAUUCAAAUCAUUAACAGAAGACUUGAUCAUCUACGAGUAUGUAAAAUCAAAGUUUGAGUACAAUGGUAAUGAAAGUACCAAACGUGAGAGAUAUAUAUCAAAAAGAGUCUAGACUAUACAAAAAGUGUGGGAGAGAACGAAAAAUAAUUACGAAAAGUGUGACGAUUCCGUUCUCGUAAUCCUUCGUACUAGGUGACUUAGACUGCCAUGCAAAAUCAGAAUAAUAUCAUAGCUAUAAUAUUAUAACUCGAAAUAAUCAUAAAGACUGGUAAUCUCAAAGAAACGUUUCAAGUUUGGAUAGAGACGAACCUAUGGCUCAUAGCGCUUUUGACUUGAGAUGUUCCUGUAUCGUUCCAUUCCGUGGUCUCAUCGUCGAAUUUUACCGUGGAGAAAUCGGUGUUUAUAGCGCUCGGUGCGGACAUACUCAUCGCACGACUAUUAUCCAGAUUAGUGCUACAAUGUAAAAUAGAUCAUACUAUGUAAAAGCGAUUUUCUCGUGUAUCGUUCAUGCAGGAUAAAAUUCUUAGAACACAAACACAUCGAUGCAGCAUAUUUAUGCAGCAGAAAUGUUUGAAUGCAUGCUUUUAAUGUUCAAGUAUUCAGCGAUAUUUUAAUCGACUAUCGUAUUCGUGAAGCGAAAGCACAUUUUUUAAUCGAAAAUUGAUACGUGUAUAUAAUAAGAUAUAACGAUGAAUGUAUUAUUUCUUUAGUGUAUUAUGUGUGAUAAGAGGGUAAAUAUGUAACAUACCGAGGAGAGACACGAUUAAGCAAGUGGCUGGCCUCAUCCAUGCAGGAGUAAUUAUGUUGAUGAGAUUGGGCCGAGGGAGUGGGUGAGGACAUGGCUGCUGCCUGGCUCACCCACCAACCCACUGGACUCUCGGACCUAAUAUUGGCGUGUUAGUUACAUACAUUUAUUUGUGUAUAUCAUGUAUGUCACGUAAAUUACGAGAUAUUAACACAUGUGCAUUAGAAUAACUGUAGAAAGUGUAUAAGAAUCGAUGUAGUUAAAAUGUUGUAUCCGCUAAUAAGAAGCCAUUAAAAAC